CGGUCGUCCGGACACACCUGGCGGUCCGCCAAAGUUGCGUGUGAGUAGCGCCUGCCCGUCGUCCGAGGCUGGCAGAAUCCCGAUUUGCUGGAGGCCAAGGUGUGGCAUGGCGGCGCAGUUCCUCGCGUUGCAGUGCAAGGCCCACGUGGCCUUGUCCUGGACGUGCACGGAUGGACAGCUCGUGCACGCCGAGCAGAUCAUUGCCUCGUACGGCAGCCCAUCGGAAAGCAGCUUUGGUAGCAUCAUCGCGCCGGCCACGGGCACCUUGACGAUCCUGCCGCUGCCCGCCGACGACGUGCCGCCUGGCACGGACGUCGAGAUUGGUCGCAUCGAAGUGUGCAUGCAUCCGAUGAUCCAGAACAAUCGCUGCGUCGUGUGCAUGUCCAAGGUGGAAGCCGGCGAGACGGUCAAAGUGAUCUUGGCGCAGGGCCAGAUCAUGGAGGUCAACCGCGCGACGGCCCAGGAGCUCGACAGCGAAAACAUUGGGCGCAUGCUCAAGCAGAAGAAGCUCGUGCUCGUACUCGACUUGGACCACACACUGCUCCACGCCGUGCGCUCCCAGGACGUGGUCGACGCCAUUGACGACGACGCGUUGCGCUUCUACAUCCGCGAUAUCCCGACCGAGCACGUGCUCCAGCUGCGCCCGGGCCUCUCGACGUUCCUCUCGGAGCUCUCGUCCCUCUACGACUUGCACAUCUACACGCACGGCACGCGCAAGUACGCCGAGCGCAUCGCCGAGAUCAUCGAUCCGGACAACUCGCUCUUCCACCACCGCAUCGUGGCCCGCACCGACACGCCCGACGUCGCCCACAAGUCGCUCAAGCUGCUCUUUCCGUCCUGCGACGACUCGAUGAUCGUCGUUCUCGACGACCGCGUCGACGUCUGGAAGGAGAACGCGGGAAAUGUCUUUAUCAUUGAAGCGUUCCACCACUUCAACACUCGCGCCGAGAUCAACAACGCGUCGGGCGGUGCGCCGUCGAAUAAGGAGCGCAAGAGGCAAGACAACCACUUGACGAAAGCGCUGCGCGUCCUCAAGCUCGUACAUGAAAAGUUUUACCAGUCGCCCGGCAGCACCAGCGUCAAGGCCAUCAUGGAACAGAUGCGACACGCGGUGCUGCGCGGCUGCCACAUUGCAUUUAGCGGUGUCAUCCCGAUCGGCGUCGCGCCCGAGUCGGACUACCUGUGGAAGCUAGCGCUCUCAUUUGGCGCCAAGCCGAGCAUGACCAUGGACAACUUCCCAACCACGCACCUCGUGAUCCACCCCAAGCGCCUCGGCACGAAAAAAUACCUCGAGGCACUCGCGAUGCCGAGCGUCAAUGUCGUGAGUCCGCAGUGGCUCAUCGACUGCGCGUCCGAGUGGAUGCGCCUGCGCGAGGAUCGGUACCGCAUUCGAUCGCUCGUGCCCGCGACAGAGCCGACACGCGACGACAGUCUGAUCGCCGAAGUCGUCACCGCCACCGACAACAACGAAGACGAGGAAGAAACCAAGCAGGUCGACACAACCGAGGCAGAGACGACACAGGAUGGCGAUGCAGUGGCCGUACUGCCAUUGUCCAAGUUGAGGCCGCUGCCGAGCAAGGGGCUGCUGCGGACAGCCAAAAAGGCGCCGGAAGAUCGCAAGACCGUGACCUUUGACGCACUCCCCGAGAAGAUUGAGGCGCCGUUCACGACAGCCAUGCGGCGAAAACGUCCGUUGCCGCCAACCCCGGUCGCGGCGCCGAAGCCUGCAGUCGUCAAGGGUGUAGUCGCAACCGGCGGGUCGUUUGACUUUUUAUCCAAAAUGGCGACCCGCAAGAAGACAGCGCCGGUCGUUGUCAAGCCUGCCAUGCCGCUCAAGCCAGCGAUGCCGCAGGCGGUGCGGGCAAACGACGACGACGACGAUAUUUUUCGGCGACUCAUGCUCGCCGAGAAGCUCGAGGAAGAAGACGCCGACACCAAGCCCAAGCGCAAGUUUGAUGGCACGCCGCGACCGCACGAGAAGCGCAGCAAGGUCGUCGACGACGUCCAGGAAACCGCCGAUGCGCAGCGAGACGCCGACAUGGACGACGACGACGAUGACGAAGACUUUAUCAAUGCGCUGGAGAACGACCUUUGACCUGCUCCUGCAGCGUUCGUAGUAGCUCGUAGACUAGUCGUCUGGAACCUCGUAAUACAAAGCUAAAUGGCUCGACUUCCAUCGACAGAAAAUGUCGCAAG